AAAUAGCCACACUCAUAGCUUCUAACUUCACACACACUCUUUGUCUUAAAACUUGUUCAAUCUAAUUUCUUCUCGUAACAAUGGUCUUCACCAAAAAUACACUAAUCUUGGUACUUCUCUGCUUCAUCUUGAUACAAGAGUUGGAGAUCUAUAGUGGAAAUCAACACAUUGUUGCUGCACAAAUAGAUUGCAAUGGUAAGUGUGGUUAUAGGUGCAGCAAAGCGUCAAGACAAAAGAUAUGCAUGAGGGCAUGCACAAGUUGUUGUAGAAAAUGCAACUGCGUCCCACCAGGCACAUCUGGGAACAGUGAUAUGUGUCCUUGCUAUGCAUCCCUCAAAACACAUGGAGGAAAACUCAAAUGCCCAUAAAUAAAUAUAAUCACUAACUAGCUAUUUAUAUUUCAUAUAUAAUUUCAUGAAUGUAUUGGAAGCUAGCUAUACACGCUGUAUGCAAAAAUUAGGCUGAACAAUGUGGUAAUAAGGUUAGAAAAUAAGGUAUUUAAAGGAGCACAUAGAGCUGAGAGGGCCUUUAAUAAUUAGCAAGCUAGUUACAAAGGAUGGUGAAUUGUUGAAAUUAAUAUGAUUUGGGUUUGUAAUAUAUUUAUGCUUUUAUGAAGGCAAUGAUUUGGGUUUGUAAUAUAUUUAUGCUUUCAUUGGAUUGGAUCAGGACGCAACCACACAAGUUAUGUUGGACACUUUUUUCACUCAAAAUCUUAAGGCAUUGAAUUUA